AUGGCUGCUAUAUUGCAAGGCAUGUUGGCAUCAUCAUUGAUGAUCCUUGUGCUUGUGGGGCCUACUAGUGCACAUUCCCACGGGCCGGACUUCAAAGUCGGCCCGUGGAAAGACGCUCAUGCUACCUUUUAUGGCGGAGCCGAUGGCUCGGGAACAAUGGGAGGAGCAUGUGGAUACGAUGACCUCGUGAAAGAAGGCUAUGGGUUCAACACGACAGCAUUGAGCAGCGCAUUGUUCAACGACGGAAAAGCGUGUGGCUCUUGCUAUGAGAUAAGAUGUGCCAAAGGGAACAAAUGGUGCAAACCAGGGGCAUCAUCGUCCAUUUUUGUCACUGCUACCAACUUCUGCCCUCCAGGUGGGACCGGCUGCUGCAACUCGCCCAACGAGCAUUUCGAUUUGUCCCAACCCGCGUAUCUUCAGAUUGCUGAAUACAAGGCCGGCAUUGUUCCUGUUCAAUAUCGCAGGGUUCCGUGCAAGAAAAGGGGCGGAGUGAAAUUGACCAUAACGGGGAAUCCUUAUUUCAAUUUGGUGACAGUAACGAACGUGGGUGGUGCCGGAGAUGUGACAAAUGUGGAGGUGAGUGGCGGUAAAGACUUGCCUUGGACAAAGUUGAGCCGUAAUUGGGGCCAGAAAUGGGAGACGAAUGCUAAACUCGUCGGACACGAUCUGACAUUCAAAGUCACCACAAGUGAUGGCAAAACAGUAAUUUUGCAGAAAGUUGUCCCUCAGAACUGGCAAUUUAGCCAGACUUAUGAAGGCCAAAACUUCAUGUGA